AUGUUCGGCGCACUUAACCGAUUCAUGAGCCGCUUGGACGGUGAACCCAUCCAGCAGCCUCGGAGCGGACCGAACGAUAACGCCUUUGGAUUCCAAGUCCUUCGCAACAAAGACGCCGAGAUACCCUUGGAGCCGUGGUUUGAUUUUAUUGUUGGAAUUAAUGGCCAUACAAUUGAAGAUCCGGACCCGAACCUCUUUGCGACGGAAGUCCACAAUUGCGCCGGUUCGAGCGUAACACUGGAAGUCUGGAGCGCGAAGGGCCAACGAACACAUACCGUCAGCGUCCCCAUAUCCGCAACCAACCCAUCCCUCGGCGUCGCACUACAGCUUGCCCCCCUUUCAUCCACACAGCACAUUUGGCAUGUCCUCGGCAUUCCUUCGCCCCUAAGCCCGGCCUACCGCGCGGGCCUGCUCCCGCAUUCAGAUUAUAUUAUUGGAACACCAAGUGGGACAUUACGAGGGGAAUCGGCCCUCGGAGAGUUGGUGGAAGACCACCUCAACCGCACUUUAGUCUUGUGGGUAUACAACAGCGAGUUUGACGUUGUGCGUGAAGUCGAACUCGUGCCUACUCGAGGCUGGGGUGGUGAGGGUGCUGUUGGUGCGGAACUAGGCUACGGCGCUUUGCACCGACUUCCCGUGGGUCUAGGUGAAGAGGUGGAAGGACCUGGCGAGGUCGUCUUUGAAACGCGUGAGGAUAGCUCUGCCGCAACAUUCCCAGGUGCCAGUGGUGUCAGUGCGCCUGGAGACUUCUUGGUACCUGCAAACAUGGUCGCUCCUCCACCGCUCGCCUCACAAACCAGAGUGACUUCUCCCGGGGACAGCCGCUCACCGGCAAGCCGUCGUUCAGCAAAGGCGCGGGCCGGUGUGUCACCCAACAGGGCAUUCGAUGAUUACUUUGCCGAGGGAGAGAUGAAGAGUAAGGAGCACGAUUAUGCGCCGUCACGGAAAGGAACACCUCUCCCUCCGCCGCCCAAGACUGGGGUCUCGCCAGCUGAUUUGGGGACCGCAGUCCCUGUCACAGAAGCAGAUGAAGGUGCACCAGGGCCAACACAAGAAGAAUAA